CUUUGACAAUUCGCUUCAUCAGUAAACCUACUCCUAACCUCAAACCUCAAAUUUUGUUUGUUUCGCAUAUUUUCCACUUAUUCUCUCAUUUAUAAAUGUUUUAGUGAUGAAUUCGCGCCUAAAUAGGCUAUGUGUGGGGUUCAUUAUUGUUUAAUAUCGCUUUCCUGGUCAAGAUUCACCAAGAAUGGGCUACAAAGCAGCUGUCCAAAUCCUGAAGCAAGCUGAGGACUUGAAGGUUCGUGUUUUGAAAAAAAGCGACCUGCUAUCGGACUCGCAGGCAUGGACUGAUCAGCAAAAACUGCAGACUAUUUACCACCAGGCCCUAGUUCUGGAUCUGGAGUACGCGCUGGACAAGAAAGUGGAGCAAGACUUGUGGAACAUAGGGUUCAAGAAUCACAUUUCCGUGCUUCAGGAGUUAACUAGAGACAAAAAGAAUGCUCGUCGGUCUGAGUGUCAGGCACUCUUGACGUGGUGCUUGGAGGCCGCGUCGGGGUUUUAUUUGACGUUGUUGCACGAACUGUGCAACGUUUUUGAUAUUGAUUUGCCAUUCAGACGGCGGGGAAAUGCCUAUGGUGAAACGAAUUUCGCGACUGAAUUAAAUUUGCCCCAGUCGUCGUCUUGCGUCUAUAUUUGUCAGUACUGUUUAGUGCAUUUAGGUGAUAUUGCUAGAUACAGGAACCAAAGAAAACAAGCGGAGAAUUUUUAUAAGCAAGCUAUUUUAGUGUCGCCCACUAGCGGACACCCGUAUAACCAACUAGCCCUGUUGGAAGCCAGUCAGGGGGAUAAAUUAUCAACUGUGUUCUACUACAUCAGAGGAAUUGCAGUGAAAAACCCCUUUCCAGCGUCUACUACAAACCUCCUGAGUACUUUAAGCUCAGCAAUUGACAAAGAAAGCCCCCUUGAGAAAAUUCAUAGCAAAAUCACCGUCAACGAGUUCAUCCAAAUUUUCCUAUGCACCCACGCCCUCCUCCACACCGCCACAGACCUAACCCAGGCCGAAGUCGGCGUCAAAAGCUUGAACGCCACAAUGACAGCGUUAGUGGCGACGCAGAGUUUCACCAGCGAAAAACUGAUCAAAAUUACUGCCAUCAACUUGUAUGCCUUAAAACACGUGACUUCGACGAGUCUCACGGACGAAUUGACGGAAGACGAAAAAAUCGUCAGACAACACAUCCUAGAUCUGUUGGCGGGGUCGUUGAGCGCGUUCCUCAUUCCUGUACACACCCUGAAAAACGACGAGAGUCUGCUGGAGUACUACGCCCUCCCGGCAGUGAAACUUCUGACCUACUGGAUCAAGAACGAGCCCGACGUGCUCAAGGAGGUGAUUUUCACCAACAGGCUGCAGAUUUGGCCGAGUUUGUGCAAGCUGCUGAACAACGUGCAGCCGUAUUUGAAAGAUUUUGAUUGUUCGAAAUACGCGAACACGCCCCUGUUUGAGGAUAAAAUGCUGCAAGGGUUUCGGCCGCUUUUGAAGAAUUUUAAAGAGUUGAAUUUUAAGGAGGAUGAUGUAGGGGAUGAAAGUACCGAAAAGAUGGUGCGCAUGAAACGGCUUUUGGAUUUUGGGGUGUUUGUGAGUGAUUUGGAUGUGAAUAAUACUAAACUUGUGACGAAGACUGUGGACGAUGAGAAGAUUAGUUUCGAGCCGGGGUGUAUCCAGCCUGAUCCUACUAACGAUUUGUUGGAAGAGAUGAAGUCGUUUCAUAUUACGGAUGUGUCGCCGACGUCUAGCAAAAAAGGUUCGGAAAAAAGAGGCGGCAUUUUGAAACCACAAGGCUCCCUCGAAAAAUCGCGCGAAGAGCGCGAACUCCUCUCCUCGGCCGAGCCCACCGCGAUGUCCGACCUCAGCAACUCCAGCUCCUCCUCCAACAACAGCAAAAAAGAGACCUCGAAAGCGAAACGAUCAAAACAAAACAUAGCCCUCCAGUCCAUUUUCAAAAAACUCGAAGAAAACAAGCAGGUAAAGUUCAACGUGGAAGAAAUCAAAGACAAGGACAAACUAGUCACUUUCGACCCCAAACCCAUCUCAUCCCCCUCCACCUCCCAAUUCAACCCCCCUCUCCGCACCCAGAGCUUCAACCAGAACCACCCCGCCUUCCCCAUCCCGCCGCCCACCCAGCCCGACUUUCUCAACACCUUGAGGAACGUGACGAAGCCGCCGCCCCCCAUCAACCAGCCCACGAACUUCGUGUUUCCGCCGAAGACCGACGUGCCGCCCCCGAACACCAAACCGGUGCCGCCGCCGAUGGUGCCGUACCCGCCCAGUUCGCAGUCGCUUUUUAACAGCACGACGAGUAACAAGCCGAAUUUCGGGGGUGGGAGUGUGCAGAUGCAGCCGAGUGCGUUCAAUCCGACGGUCCACCAGAGGGUGCUGCCGCAGUACCAGAAUGUGCAGUUUAAUAGUAAUCCGUAUAGUGUGAAGAUGGAGGAGUCGGUGCCGAAUUCGUCGCCGUGGUGGCCGAACAACCUCCAGAACUACCAGAGGAACGAUAGUUUCCAGAUGAGUUAUCCGUUUGGGGGUAACGUGAACUAUAUGCAGGAUUAUAAGCAGAGUAAUCAGGCGGGUGGGGAUAUGUUUAACUCGCCGUGGAACAAUUUCGGGAGGAGCUUCUUGGAGGGGGGGAUGAAUUUUGAAGGUGGGCACGGGAUGUCAAUGCGGCAGACGAUGUUGAAGGAGUCGAACAAUAUGGGGGCUGUUAGUGGAAGAGGAAUUAAUGCCACCGAUAACACCUUCAUGCAAAACCCAACAACUUCACCUGGCUAUUCACUCUUCAACACCAACACCUGGACACCGAACUUGGUUGGACAGCUAAGAAACACAAAACCACAGGAAAACCAACCCACACAUCUACCACAACACUCCUUAUUUACCGGCCAAGGCCCCCAGUCUUUGGCCCAGCUGCUAGAGCAGCAGCAAUCACAAAAAAAUGACAUAUAGUUUAAUUUCUGUUGUAUAGUAUAUUUAUAAACAUACUCGUUUUGUUGAGCCCUGGCCACGGGAUAUUUAAACGUUGAUGUAAUACCAUUUAUUUAAAAAAAAAAGAGUUUAGUUGAAUUUAGUGGUGUAAUCUAAAAAUUAUUAAAAGAAUUUGUACAA